GCCAUGGCGAGCCAGGCGAAGCGCCCGCGGGUGGCGGGGCCGGAGGGCGGCGGCGGCGGCGACGCGGAGCCCGUGGCUGGCUUCCUGAGCUGGUGCCAGCAGGUGGGACUGGAGCUGAGUCCUAAGGUGAGCGAGCGGGGCGCGGGGCUGCGGCGGCAGCGCGGCGGGCCCAGGGAUGCUCUGACCCGGCCUUCCCCGCUGCUGCCCUCGCAGGUGGAAGUGAGUCGGCAGGGCACCGUGGCCGGCUACGGCAUGCUGGCGCGGGAGAGCGUGCAGCGCGGGGAGCUGCUGUUCGCGGUGCCGCGGAGCGCGGUGCUGUCGCAGCACACCUGCUCCAUCGGCGACUUGCUGGAGCGAGAGCGAGGCGCCCUGCAGAGUCAGUCGGGCUGGGUGCCGCUGCUGCUGGCGCUGCUCCACGAGCUACAGGCUCCAGCCUCACGCUGGCGCCCCUACUUUGCGCUCUGGCCUGAGCUGGGCCGCUUGGAGCACCCCAUGUUCUGGCCGGAGGAGGAGCGCCGGCGGCUGCUACAGGGCACUGGAGUGCCCGAGGCCGUGGAGAAGGACCUGGCCAACAUCCGCAGCGAGUACCAUUCCAUCGUGCUGCCCUUCAUGGAAGCCCAUCCUGAUCUCUUCAGCCCCAAGGUCCGCUCCCUGGAGCUCUACCGCCAGCUCGUGGCCCUGGUCAUGGCCUACAGCUUUCAAGAACCACUGGAGGAAGAGGAGGAUGAGAAGGAGCCAAACGCCCCUUUGAUGGUGCCUGCAGCAGACAUUCUAAACCACUUAGCCAAUCACAAUGCCAAUCUAGAAUAUUCUGCAAAUCAUCUUCGGAUGGUGGCCACUCAGCCCAUUCCUAAAGGCCAUGAGAUUUUCAACACUUAUGGACAAAUGGCCAAUUGGCAGCUGAUUCACAUGUACGGCUUUGUUGAACCGUAUCCUGACAACACCGAUGACACAGCUGACAUCCAAAUGGUCACCGUUCGUGAAGCAGCAUUACAGAGAGUGAAGGUGGAUGCUGAGCGGCUGCUCCUGUGCGAGCGCUGGGAUUUCCUGUGUGAACUGGAGAUGGUGGGGGAGGAGGGAGCCUUCGUGAUCGGGCGGGAAGAGGUGCUGACGGAAGAGGAGCUGACCACCACACUAAAGGUACUGUGCAUGCCUGCUGAGGAAUUCAGAGAAUUUAAAGACCGGGAUGGACGGGGAAAUGAUGAAAGGGAAGAAGACACUCUGACACUCAAAAAUAUCUCCAAGCUCAAGGCGCCAUGGAAAGAGCUCCUUCGGGACAGUGUGGUGCUGACCCUGCAGACGUACGCCACAGACUUGCAAAGUGAGCAGGAUUUACUCAGCAAUGAGGAGCUUUACACCCAGCUCAGCUGGCGGGAGCAGCGGGCCCUGCAGGUUCGUUAUGGCCAAAAGAUGAUCUUACACCAGCUGUUGGAGGUGACCAGUUAGAGUAAGCAGUAAGAACUGUUUUUCUAAACUGAUAACCAUUGUUGCUUUAAAGUUUGAAUCUUUCAACUUUCUUAUUAAAUACCAGAAGAAAAAUCAGCAAAGGUGUGCUAGGUGAUGGUUCUGAUUGAACAGCAUGCUUUGGAAUGAUUAGUUUAACACAUUUUUAACCAGUCUGUAGUUACAGUAGGGAUGGGUGUUACUGUAUUCUAGUGUUUAAUAUGAACCGUACAUGUAACCUGUCAAACCAGCUGCAUCUUGAGGAAAUCAUACUUUCCUGUUACUGAUGGGUUAUUCCCCCUUGGAUGAUCUGACCACCUGUGUUGCUCUAGACACCAAGGACAGUGAGGCCUUGCUCAUGUAAGACAUCAACUUUUAAUUUUGAGCCCUUUGGUUUUACAACCUGAGUACCGUUAAAGGUGAGGCGUUUUAAGUUUCCCCCUGCUGAAGAUUGUCAGCUUGGUAGUGGGAAUGAUCUUAACUCAGCUGAGAGCUGGUGCUUCCCCGGGCUGUUCACAUUGAGGCAGCAUGGACUCGCAUGCAUACACGUACAGCGUGUGAGCGAAUGCCCAGAAACUGCACAUCUACAAAGAGCACAGGAACCAAUACAUUUAAGAUCCUUACCAAAGGGGUUGUAUUGGUCCUUUG